AUGGGGUUUCAGCGCCUGGAUUUUGUCUACCUCAACGCCGGGAUCAUGCCUAACCCACACGUGAACUUCAAGGCGCUCUGGCACGGUCUCCUUACCGGGAAGGUGCUUCACAUGCUGACCACUGCAGAAGGCAUAAUGACCCAGACGGACAGGCUUAAUGGAGAUGGACUGCAGGAGGUGUUUGCUACCAACCUCUUCGGACACUUUAUCCUGGUUCGUCAACUUGAGUGUCUACUCUGCGGUAACGAAAAGCCCUCACGACUCAUCUGGACCUCUUCCAGCAAUGCCAGGGAGUCUGCCUUCAGCCUUUCUGACUAUCAACAUGCCAAGGGACGGGAAUCAUACAGUUCCUCCAAAUAUGCUACUGACCUGACAAGUGUGGUUCUGAACAGGAAAUUUAAUAAGCAGGGUCUGUAUUCCAGCGUUGUUUGUCCUGGUCUUGUUAUGUCUAACAUGACCUACAGAAUUUUGCCCGUUUUUCUCUGGAAGCUGCUAAUGCCCAUCAUGUGGUUGAUCCGUUUUUUUGCCAAAACUUACACUCUGACACCGUAUAAUGGAGCAGAAGCUCAUGUGUGGCUGUUCAAACAGAAGCCUGAGCACCUGGAUGCACUUGUCAAAUACCACAGCUGUACUUCUGGACUGGGGAAGAGCUAUGUGGAGCCCAGAAAGCUUGAUGUGGACGAAGAAACUGCUGAGAAGUUUUACCAAAAGCUGUUGGAACUGGAGAAGGAGACUCUAGAGAGAUACAGCGAUCUCCUAGAUUAAGGAAAGCCAGUCUCAGUGGGAUAACAGUCUCAUAUCAGUAACAUGGGCUUUCUUCAUUCAGGUGCUACUUGUGUUGCCUGCUGUUCUGCAGGCACAUGGCUUCAGACCCUAUCUUCCUUCUUGACAGAAGGUGACCGGUUCCUGAAAAUGGAAAUGUAAAAACUGAAGAGAAAUACUUAGACUUUUUGGCAUGGGAUUUUUUUUUUCUGGCAUAAAACUGGAGGCCUAGGGUAGGUGGAGACUGCCUUAACACGGUUGCAAAGCAGUGUCUUCCAAAAGCAUGACUGAACUGUGCACAGUUCAGGAACAGCCUCAAAAUGUGUAGUUUAAAUCUGGCUUAGUGCAGGAAAGGCAACAGUCUGGGGUGCUGCCCUGCGUCUUGGCUCUACCAGUCUUUCUAGAUGGCUCGAAUGCAUUACCUGUGGCUGAUCCUGAAAUACUUGAAGGUUCAUCUUCAGAAAGGCUGCUCUUAACACUCGUACACCAAAGCUGGGACCAGCUUUCCAGAUGUGCUCAACAAGAUUGAACCUUACUGGAAGUCAGGUUCCGCACAGUGUCCGAAGCCCAGUUCCUGAAGAGCUGGCCUGAGAAGCGCACCCCUUGCCUCAACUGUGAGGACAGAUG